AUGGUCUUAUACACCGGGACAGACUCAGUCUGGUGUAAAGCAUUUCCUCCAACCGUAGAGGGAUUGGCUGCAGAAUGGUAUCGUUCACAGGAGAAAGGGUCAGUUUACUCGUACAGUGGCUUGAAGAGACUAUUCAUGGAUCAUUUUGUCACACUGGUAGAUCGUACCAAAUUGACAACAGAACUGAUGUCGCUAGAGCAGGGUGAGACUAAAUCACUCAGAGAUUUCAUCACUCGGUUAAAUAAAGAGGCAACGUCAAUUCCCAACAUGAGCCAGGAAGUGGCGUUGUUAGAAAUGCAGAGCGGCCUCCUCCCAGGGUCAGCAUUCAGAGAGUACAUGGGCAAGAAGAAUCUGAAAACAUUGGCAGAGGCCUUAGGUAAGGCCCAUGAAUUCAUUAAGGGGGACGAAACAGACAGAGCCAUGCUGGCCAGAAGGUCAGCCUCUGCCAAGUCAGGCAGAUGGGCAGAGCCCGGCCGGGUAGAGGCAGCUGGCAAGGCAGAGCCUAACUCUGCUGGGUACGGAAGGGCGGACCAGCAGAGGAGAGACAAUGAAAGGUCUUCAGGCCAGAGGAGGCAGGCAGAGGAAGAUUGCAGGGCAGAUAUGAAUAAUACACCUAGCUAA